UAUUUAGUUGUGUUUACAUUUUGUAGUGUUUUGGUUUUCCGGAGUUUUCCCACAAUAUUUGACAUGGGGAAGAAUAAGAAGCGACAACGAAAGGAGAAGAUCUGCAAUGUUACAGGAGGUGUCGCUGUGGCGGAGGAGAGUGCAGCACCGGCACAAGGAAGCUCCAUGGAGGAAAAUUGCCCCACGAUGAGGAUAAAGAGUGGAACAAAGGUGGAGAAUGUAGUGAGAUUCACGCGGAAAAUUCUCGAAGCGGGAGAAAUGAGAAAAAUCAUCUGGAUGGGAUGUGGAGAUGCCAUCACGCGGACUAUUUCGUGCGCUGAGGCACUCAGGAGGGAGUUUAGGGUGCAUCAAGUUACGGAAAUCAGUCAGGAAGUUCGACGGGAAGCUUCGGGGAAAACUUCAUACAUUCCCAGCAUUCGUAUUCUUCAGUCACUGGACCAAAUCGAUCCAUCCACUCCUGGAUAUCAAAAUCCCGAAGGUGGUUCCCAAUUUUGUGCUCCUCCUCGAGAAAAUCCCGAUGAAAUUCCCCAAAAAUUAACCCAUGGACGAUUCCCAAAACGCCGGAAGUUGGAAGAAGGUGAAAAGCUAUAAAAUAAAGACGUCCUGGCAAGGAUUCCGUUAAACCUUAUGCAUAUCCUGACAGUUGGGAUGAUUUAAAUUAUUAAUUGAGCAUCAAAAAGCCAAAAGAUCUUCACAAUUUCACUCCAGGAAUUUACCACAAAAACUCCCGGACAAAAAUCAUCCAAAAAAGUUUUGAGGUUAUGUAAUUGCGGAAAAACGUAUCCUUUUUACAAGAUGUCUCAUUUUCCAUGAUCGAAUGUGAAUCUAGGAUAACUAUAGAAUCUAAAAAGUCACACCCGACUGGAAUUUGUAAAGAAUCUUGUCCAGGAAAAUUCGAGAAAAAUCAUCAAUUUUUUGCUUAGCCCUUUAACGUCCGCGAUCAAUCUAGCGAGCUGAUUGAAUUAAAAAUAAUUUUUGUGGGUUCCUUUGAGCUCAAAUAAG